GAUAAUGUCAACUGUCAAGUGGCAUACCCAGCGCCAAUUUUAGUAAACUAAUAAUCCUGUUAAAAUUAAUUUUAAUAAAAUAAACAAAAAAUCGAAAAAAGUUGCCGUAUUUAAAAGAAUUUUAAAAUCUAAUAACAAUGAUGGCGGAAGCAGAUGCAACGGUCGAAGCUACGAGAAGAUUAAAUGUUAAGAAGCAAACUUUAGACGACGCGUAUGCGGCACCAGCUAAUUUUCUAGAAAUCGAUGUCGUUAAUCCAGUCACUACAAUCGGGGUAGGAAAAAAAAGAUUCACAGAUUACGAAGUCAAAAUGAGAACCAAUCUACCGGUGUUUAAAGUAAAAGAGUCCAGUGUUAGAAGACGGUACAGCGAUUUCGAAUGGUUGAGAAACGAAUUGGAAAGGGAUAGCAAAAUAGUGGUACCACCGUUGCCUGGUAAAGCGUGGAAACGACAAUUACCAUUUAGAGGAGACGAUGGGAUUUUCGAGGAGGAUUUCAUAGAAGACAGGCGAAAAGGUUUAGAAGUAUUCAUCAAUAAAAUCGCCGGGCAUCCUUUGGCGCAAAACGAAAGGUGUCUCCACAUGUUCCUGCAGGAGCCCCAAAUCGAUAGAACUUAUGUACCAGGGAAAAUUCGCAAUACGUAAAAUAAUUAGCUUUAAAUUCCAUCCUUUUGUCUAUUUUACAUUAAUAUUUACAGCGUGCGCGUUAUUUCUCUUAGAUAUUACUUUGUUUGAAUAUAUUUGUAUAUUUUUCUAAGCUAGAAAUUUGAAUCUAGAUGAUUAUGAACUGACCUCUUUUGGGUAUAUAAGGAAAUUUAAAAAAAAACCGUCGGAAUGGUUUAUUCCACGCUUUAAUUUUUUUUUUUUUGUAUAAAAUAUAGAAUAUAAAUAUUAUAUGUAUAGUUAAUCUCUUCUCAGUUGUAUUUACUCAAAAUAAAAUUGUUUACAUGCA